AUGGAGUCUUCUCAGCCAGACCGCAUAUCAACAUCCGCGCCCAAGGUCAAUGCCUCUACCAGUCCCCGGCCCCGCCCGACAUCUUGGGCAACCACGCAAUCCCGACAUACCUCUUUGGGAAGCCCGGGUCUGUCCAGCCUCCACUCCCCUUCAUCGCCUCUGCUGGACGACAAGUUCGAGAGCAUGUUUAGGCCUAUCUCAGGGUCGUACAGAAGCAGCAAGGUGCCGGUGGUGGAAGUGACCGCCCGCCCUUCCAGCGACGAUGAUGGUUUGGCCUCGGUGGGAACUGAGAAAAUGGACCAAUUCCCGGCCGAACCAUCCAAGCUCUCAUACCUGCCUGAAAAUAUCUGGUAUCUCUUGGUCGACAUCGUCCUGUCGGCCAUACCGCUUGUGUUCAUCGUCUAUGGCAUUCUCGCCGCAUGCCUUCACGGCCGUCCUACCGCAUCCUUUUAUUUUGGCGACGACGGCUAUAACUGGUCCGGCGAGCUGUAUGGACCCGCGAUGCUUAUCGUGCAGAACUACAUUCCCACAUUCUUCCCCAUGGCCUUUGGACUCACCGUGGCACGAUUAAUCCAAGCGUUCGCUUUGUGGCGAGCACAGAGUGGAACUCAUCUCGGCUUCAUUGAACAGCUUAUGGGAAGUGCGUCCCUGGGUGGAACCAUCGGGGCUCUUUGGGGCCUCCACAUCAUCAAUUGGAUCGGACUUCUGCUUUUGGCUUUGUGGGCUCUGGCGCCUGUGGGGUCUCAGGCAGGCCUCAGGAUCAUCAGCGCCAACGGCACCUACGUCAACACCACCACCAUCAACUAUAUGAACAGCAGUGCCAUACCCACCGGCCUGGAGACGGAGAACGAUGAGAUCCAGUUCUACACCUACGCCGUAAACGCCAUUUACAGUACCUUGAUUCUUACGCCAGGCGCCAUGGCCGGACCGCAAGACCCCUGGAGCAAUGUCAAGAUCCCUUCUCUUGAAUGGCUUGAGAGAAACAAUGGCAGUGAUGACCUGGGAUGGUGCUCCCGCGCCCUGGUCAAAGAGCGAAGUGGCCUGAACCAAUCUGUCGUCAAGGCAGGGACGUGGACGUCACUGAGUGGCCUGCCAGUCGUCGGGGGAGAAUACGGCGUGGGAUUCCAAAACUUCACCCUCUCCGCCAGCUACUGGGUUCUCAAUUGCACCAGCCUAGAAUACAUCGACCCAUCGGAGCGGUUUUCUUCGCCACUCCCUGGUCGUGGGGAUUAUGACACCGACAAUAUCUCUUCUAUCUGGGAUAGUGGCAACAGUGAGCGACCAAACACCUUUUUCGUCGACACCACGACCCCUCUUGCCGGGCUGGGGUCGGCAGAGGGUGAUGCCCGCUCGAAUGGGACGCAGUUGUCCCCCAGGACACUGAUCUUCGGAUCUCGAGCCACGGCGGGCACGUCACUGGCGAUAUGCACGGUCGCCACGUCGUAUGUCCUAGCCGAAGUGAACUGCAACUUCACCGCGCCGCUCUGGAACAUCGACAAAACAGCAUCAGGGCGCACGUCGGCCGGAGCAUGUUACGUCGACCGGGUGCGCAGAGAUCCCGCACACCCCGUCCACGAGGCGCUCACGCCACUCGACGUGACGUACCGGAUUGCGCAGCGCCUGUUCAGCCAGUGGCCUUUGGCGACCGGGACCGUCCCAGCAGGAACAUCGUCCCCGACCGAGCGGUUCAUCAACGACGUCAACUCGGAGUCUGCCUCGGGCAGUGCCAAUUCCAUCCUCGUCGCCACCGACUGGUUGGGGUUCAACACGUCGGACCAUGACAACGAUGGCGGUAUCUCGUACGUCAACAUGGCCAGCCUCGACCUCGACACGUUCACCGAGCGCUUGUCCCUCCUCUUCAACACCUACUGGCACGCGUAUUGCAACUUGCAAGCCAUGACACAGUCGGAGAUUGGAUUGGGGUUUGGCUCACUGUUCCCGUCGAAUGUGAUGUUCCGGUCCGCCGAUGCCCAGAUGCUGAUCGCGGGACAACAUUUUGUCGUCAACUUCGCAUGGCUCGCCGUCUACAUGGUCUGUUGCGUGGUGGCCUUUGUCGCGGGUAUAUUGGCCUUGAUCCUGCAAGUGCGCACCUUGGUGCCCGAUGUCCUGGGCACGGUGAGCAUGCUGGUCAAGGAGAACCCGUACACGCCUGUUCCGGAGGGUGGCUCGGCGUUGGACGGCCACGAGUAUUCCCAGAAGGUCAUGAACAUGCCGGUCAAGUUCUGUGAUGUCAAGCCCCAUGACCCCGUGGGACAUAUCGCGUUGACUAGUCUGGAUGUUGAAGAUGCCGAGGGCCGCAUUGCUCCGGUCAGGAGAGAUCGAUUGUAUCAGUGA